GAAAAUUAUUGUGUAAUUUGAAAAAGAUGGGAAAAUUCUCUGUUUCAGUAGAAUUCACAUACUGACAUUCUCUGUUUCAGCAGAACACACAUACCGACUUAACCAGCGGGGCAGCAGGCCGCAUUCAACCUCACGUCCGGUCCACCACCGCUUUUUCGCCCCAAUUUGACUUCCUGGUUCGCAUCUUUAUCCCAGGGACAUCUGCACCCGAAACUUUGCCUGCACUUUGAGUUUUUUUAUAUGCGUGAAAUGACUUUGAUUAGCUGAUCGUAUGCCGGGGUUCGGCGUAUUAUUACAAUUGGAAGUUUUAGUUAGCUAGAGGUAGAUCGGAGUUUGAAAUGGAGUCCUUAAUUCAGCUGUGCGAUUUGAUCGCUGACAACCCUACUCAAUUCCGAGAUAAACUGAUGUGGAUGUGUGGCCGAUGUCCAUCGGCGGAGGUAAUGCUUGCGGGGUCUCCUCGGGUUUCGAGGUCACAGCUGAAUGCGGUCCUCGCGGUGGCUCGAUUCCUCUCAAGGUGCUCCAACAUCGUUGACCAAUUGCCUAGAUCACUCAUUAUUGCUUUUUAUCGCUCUAUAUGUUCUUCUUUCGACCCAUCGUUUUGGCCUCAGUCGUUUGGGAUCGACUCGAUCGCAUUAUUCUUUCACGAUUUUCUGGGAUAUGUCUCAAAAGCAUCAGAUUUAUGCCCGGAAUUUGCCACAUAUGUCUCAGGGUUCACUGCUGAAAUUGUGAUAUCUGCAAUAGGCAAUGUAACUGGAGAUAUCAGGAUAUGCAAGGUGUUCUUGAAUGCCAUAUCUCUAAAUUUCCCUCCACUUGAUCCUCCUGAUGCGGAUAGGCUAAUUUUCUCCCUUCUUGAUGGGUUUGAGGUUUCCAUUCCCUGCUCUUCUCAAGAACUCAUUUCGAACACCUCAGCAGCAACCUCUGCUCAGAGCUCACCACUGAGUUUGGGCCAUGAUAUGUUGUGUCCUGGAAAUGAUAUCAGCAAUGUCUCUGGGUCAUCCACUAGUUUAGUUUCCAGACUUGCCGAUGACCCCAUCAGCUCACAGUCACCUAAGGGUAUCAUGUUAAAUGGAAGCAAUGGUCCUUGUAGGACCAAUGUGGUUUUACUGGCAGCAAAUAUGGUCUGUAAUGGUAGUGGGGGAGGCAGUGUUUCGUACAAGCGAACUAUUGCUGCUUUUGAGGAGGAGCCCUUAGAUAGCCUUGAGAAGAGGGAAAUAGCUUUCAAAUUGAUAGGACACAUAUUGGACAAAGUAUCAGUUGAUGCCAAGCUCUUGGAGCAUGUUAGAAGCAUUGCUAGGGAGCAACUACAGUCAAUGGUGGCGUUUCUCAAGGCAGAACAAGGUCAAUCUCUAAAAGUUAGGAUCAACAGAAAGCUUUCAGCAUACCAAGCAGCUUCUAAGUUACAGAUUAAAACCCUUGUGACUAUAGAUUCUGAUGGGAAGUCAUCAAAGCGGUUGUUGCAUGAUGCUCUUAAACUAUUGAUUGAGGCUGCUGCGGCGUGUUUGUUCUCACUGUGGCGAAAGUUAAAAGCUUGCGAAGAUUUGUUCGGCGCAUUGCUUGCUGGAAUUUCUCAAGCUGCUACUGCUCAUGGUGGUCAGCUACUACCUGUUUCACUAUUCUGGUUCAAACAUCUUGUCCUGGCUGCAUGUGAUCAGGCUGACACUUGGGCCAGCAGUCAUGGGGCCAUGUUCGAAAGCCUCUUGAAAACUAGCUCUGAGAUAAUUGAGUUUGGAUGGAAAGCAGACCAAUCUCUAGUGAACACUUUUAUUAUGGGAUUGGCUACAAGUAUUCGGGAAAGAGAUGAUUACAGGGUAGAGGUUAGUUAACGCGUAUAGUCAUUUAGAAAUGAAAUACAUAUUAAUUUGUGGUUGAGAGAGUGUAUGGUGCAUCGAGUAACAAUUGUCAUUUGUCACUUGAUUUUGCUUAAGUGUUACAUGUUCCUCUUGUUUACUACUUGUUUGUGAGGUCAAUAGGUCAUUGAAAUUCAUACACUUUGCACAGUUCAAUGUUGAAGGUCCGAAGGAUUUCAGAAAGUAGUGUAAUGUCCUAAAUAUUCUUAAGAUUGGGAGUUGGAGCGAGUUUGUUUAAUCAUAUAAGAUGUAUGGGUCAACUAUUAGCAAACCUGGUUUUUUUAUUGUAUUUGGUUUGAAAAAGAUUUGAUUUCAAAAGUGUGUAGCUAAGUUCUUAAAUAAGUAUUUGAUAAUAUAGGGAAAACUGUCAAAUAGGUCCCCGUACUUUCACGAAAAAGUCAAUUGAGUCCUACUACUUUUAAUCGAAUCAAUUAGGUCCAUGAAGUGCUAAAAGUGAUCAAAUUAGCUAUUUUCCAGGUGAUGAUCCGGUUUCCCGGUUGACUGAUGACGUGGACAUCAAGCUGGCGUUUUUUUACUGUUUUGUAUUAUUUUUUAUACUUUUUCGUUUUCUUUUAGAUUUUCUUUUUGUUUCUCCUUCUUUCUUUUUACUGUUGUCUAUUUCUCUUCCCUCCCACAGACCCAGACCCGUUCUUCUUCCCUAUUUCUUCAUUUCCCUUUCUUUCUUUUUUCUAUCUUCUUUCUUUAUUUCUUUCACCUCCGAUCUCAGUCCCUCCUUAACUUUGUUCCAGUCUGCAUCACCAAACAUAGAAGGGGAUGAGACUUCCUGGAGGCUGUGGCUAUGGAAGGUAUGUGGAGGUAGGGGCGGAUGUCCGGAGGUGGUGAGAAUGGAGGUAGAGGCGGCGGUUUGAAGGUGGUUGGUGUGGAGGUAGGGGCGGUGGAGGUGGUAGAUAUGGAUGUGGGGGUGCCGCGGCGGCGGAAGUCGUGGCUAUUAAGGUAGAGGCGGCGGAGGUGGUGGACAUGGGGGUAACGGCGGUCGGACAGCAAAUGUGGUGGGUAUGGAUGUAGGGGUGGCAGAGGUGCGUGGUGGGUACAGAGGUGGCGGUGGCGGAGAUCGCUCUGGUGGAGGAGUCAGAGAUGGAAUCCCUCAAGCCGGUGGUGGAGGUCGAAAUCUCGCCGGAGAAGAAAGACAGGGAAAGGAAAAGCACUUGAGGUUUGGGGGAGAAGAAAGAAUGGACUUGGGAGUUGGGGGCUUGGGGGAUCGGAGAAGAAAGAAUGGACCGGGAGAGAAAGAUAGAGAAAAGGAAAAAGGAGAAAAAAGAAAAAGGAAAAGAGUAGAAAAAUUUUUUUAAAAAAAAGAGAGAAAAUUAUAAAAGAAAAUGCCAGGUGGACAUCCACGUCACCUGUCAACCGGGAAACCUGAUCGUAACCUACAAAAUAGUGAAUUUGAUUAAUUUUUAACACUUCGUGGACCUAAUUGAUUCGCUUAAAAGUAGUAGGACUCAAUUGACUUUUUCGUGAAAGUACAGAGACUUAUUUGACAGUUUUCCCGAUAAUAUAUUAUAAAGUGUUUAAAAGUACUACCUCCGUUCCUAAAAAUUCUUCCCGGUUUGACUUGGCACGCUUAUUAAGAAAGUGGAAUAAAGUAGAAAUGUGUGGUUGUGUAAGAAAAAGGUAAAAUGAAUGUGAACCACACAAAUUGUACAAAAAGGGAAAGUGGGAAGUAUUUUUGGGAACGGCCCAAAAAGGAAAGUGGGAAGUAUUUUUGGGAACGGAGGGAGUAUUAUUGUUGGUGAGAACUAUAGUAGCCAAUUAAAAGUGGGGUACCGUGCCUAUCAUUCAUUUGAUUGGUCCAAGGCAUUAUAUCACUUUUUAAUAUUCAUCUAAAUAAUUCAACUACAAUAUUUUGAUCGGUCCAUGUGGACAAAUGUAUGGUACCUUAUAGCCUUAUGGGUACCAUAGAAUCUACCUAUUUUUAAAUGAAUUUUGUGGAAAAUGGUGGCAAAAGGAAAAAAACAUUAUCUAGUUCGAUAGUAUUUUGAUUAAGAAAGAGCAAAACAUAAAACAAUCACUUAAGAAACUACAAUUUGCAGUUUCUUACUAGUAAUCCUUAGCAGUUUGGGGCCGUUUUAUGUUCAGAAGCUGCCAAAGUGCUCCUCCAGCGCAUGAGCUUUUUACUUUUUAAAUUUUGGGGAGCCAAACACUCCCAUACAAAAGUGAGGUACAUAUCUGCUAGUCAAUCAACUCUCUGCAAUUGAAUUCAUCGGUCUUCUACUGGAGACAUUCACAAUACAUUUGGCUGUAAACUACCACCAAUUUCAUAUCAUAGUAUGCUACAGUUCUACAUACACAUGGAGGUGGGGAUGAAGAGGCGGGAGGUAUCUGCUUCCAUUUAUGAUGUUUGUAUAUGUGCCUCGGCAAGGUUAUGUGAAGGGCAGCCUUGGCCUUGGCACAUCUGUUGAGGUGUUGCCGUGUGACCUUGAGGUAAGAGGUUUCAGUCCUAGAAGCAGCCUCUUGCGAAAAUGCAAGCAAGAAAGGGAGAAAUGUGCAGCUUCUGCUAGUCAAUUGAAUGUUAUACGGCUGCUGGCUGACCUGAAUGUCAAAGUUAACAGGCCUGAAGUGGUUGACAUGAUACUUCCAUUGUUUAUUGAAAGCUUAGAAGAGGGUGAUGCUUCCGUGCCUGGAAGACUAAGGCUGCGGCUUCUCGAUGCUGUUUCUCAUCUGGCGAGUUUAGGCUUUGAGAAAACCUAUCGUGAAGCUAUUGUUCUAAUGAUACAGAGCUAUGUAAGCAAACUUGCUAAUAUUGGAUCAGCUGAAAGUAGAACUUUGGCUCCAGAAGCUACCACAGAACGUGUCGAGGAUUUCUUCUGAUUGCCAGUAGAUUAGUCAACCCUAAGUUGCGCUCAGAUUACCGUCACCGGCUGUUGUCAUUGUGUUCAGAAGUAGGCUUGGCUGCUGAGGCAAAAAGUGGAAGGAGUGGUGCAGAUUUUCUUGGGCCUCUACUUCCUGCUGUUGCUGAGAUAUGUUCAGACUUUGAUCCGAGUGUAGAUAUUGAACCCGCACUUCUCAAGCUAUUUAGAAAUUUAUGGUUUUAUGUUGCUCUCUUUGGGUUAGCUCCACCGAUACAGAAAAAUCAAGGUAUACCAAAGCCUGUUUCCACCACUCUAAACAGCGUAGGCAGCAUGGGAACAAUUGCACUCCAAGCAGUCAGUGGGCCGUAUAUGUGGGAUUCUCAGUGGUCUUCUGCUAUCCAUCGCAUCUCCCAGGGGACCCCACCCCUUGUUGUGAGCUCUGUCAAAUGGCUUGAAGAUGAAUUGGAACUUAAUGCUCUUCAUAACCCAGGUAGCCGAAGGGGGAGUGGAAAUGAAAAAGCUGCUGCAAAUCAGAGGGCUGCCCUUUCUGCUGCUUUGGGAGGGCGCUUUGAGGUUUCAGCAAUAAGCACCAUUUCAGGCGUGAAGACAACUUAUCUACUCGCGGUAGCAUUUUUAGAGAUCAUACGGUUCAGUAGCAAUGGUGGUAUCCUAAAUGCUGGUCAUGGUUCUACUGCUUCUCGGAGUGCUUUCAAUUGUGUCUUUGAAUACUUGAAAAGCCCUAAUCUUAUGCCAUCAGUUUCUCAGUGCUUAACAGCAAUCAUCUACCGGGCCUUCGAGACAGUAUUAGACUGGCUGGAUGACCGAAGAUCGGAGACUGGGAAGGUUGCUGAGACUAGAGAGUCUACCUUGUCUGUCCAUGCUUGUUGUUUAAUAAAAAACUUAUCUCAGAGGGAUGAACAUGUUCGCAAUAUCUCUGUUAAUUUACUGAAUCAACUCAAGGAUCGAUACCCUCAGAUUAUAUUGAACUCUUCUUGUUUGGAUUUGCUGCUGUUUUCUGUAAAAAAUGAACCUUCUUCAACUCUUGUAAGUGAUCCUGCUUGGGUUGCUACUGUCCGUUCUUUGUACCAGAAGACUCUUCGGGAAUGGAUAGUUGUGUCACUAUCACAUGCUCCAUGCACCACUCAGGGCCUACUUCAGGAAAAGCUCUGCAAAUGGAACACUUGGCAAAAAACACAUCCAACUAAAGAUGUUGUUUCUCUUCUAUCUGAGAUUAAGAUUGGUACUGGUAAGGACAACUGUUGUACUGGCACAAAGACUGCAAAUAUUCCUGCUGUCAUGGCUUCAGCUGCUGCAGCAUCUGGUGAAAAUUUAACAGUGACAGAGGCAUUUAAUUUGGAAGUGCUAAGUACUGGAAUUGUUAGUGCUACUGUCAAAUCUAACUAUGCUGGGGAGAUUGCUGGAAUGCGAAGGAUAUAUGAGGGCAUUGGCGGGCUUGAUUCUAAUUUCCUAACAAUGGGAAAUGGGCGCAAUCUUGACCCCCCAACCCCUGGAUCUAUAGCCAUCGUUCAAGACUCUCAGACCAAAAGUGUUUCUUUUCGUGAGUUAUUACUUGUGAGGUUUGUUCACCUACUUCAGAAGUUCGUUAACAUAGCAGAGACAGGUGCUGAGGUAGAUAAAUCAUCAUUUCGUGAAACAUGUUCUCAAGCUUCUGCUUUACUUCUUUCAGACAUGGGUUCAGAUUCAAAGUCUGUUGAGAGCAUUACAAAGCUUCUACGUCUUCUGUGCUGGUGCCCAGCUUACAUUUUAACACCCAAUGCGAUGGAGACAGGUAUAUUUAUCUGGACAUGGUUGGUUUCAGCAGCUCCUCAUCUUGGGCCUCUUAUCCUCUCUGAACUUGUUGAUGCAUGGUUGUGGACGGUUGAAACUAAACGGGGUCUUUUUGCAUCCGAGUCACGGUAUGCUGGACCUGCUGCUAAGUUAAGGCCUCACCUGUCUCCCGGGGAUCCAGAAUUACCUCCAGAGAAGGAUCCUGUUGAACAGAUAUUGGCCCAUAGACUAUGGAUCGGAUUUUUUGUUGAUCGCUUUGAGGUGGUGCGACAUAAUAGUACUGAACAGCUUUUACUAUUAGGUCGAUUGCUACAAGGAACCACAAAGCUCUCUUGUAACUUUUGUCACCACCCUGCUGCUUCUGGAACCUUCUUCACUCUCAUGCUUUUAGGGCUAAAGUUUUGCUCUUGCAAGUCAUGGGGUAGUCUACAAAACUUUGCGCCGGGGCUUCAGCUACUGGAAGAUAGGAUUUACAGGGUUGCGUUGGACUGGUUUUCCCACCAACCUGAAUGGUAUGACAUGGGUAAUAACAAUUUUGCAUUGAGUGAGGCUCACUCAGUUUCUGCGUUUGUCAAUCAUCUUUUGAAUGAACCAGUGGAUGCUCAGCUUGAUAGGAAGGGACAAGGACCAGAAAAUGGAAGCUCUUUCAAUAAUGUGAAAGAUCACUGUCACCCAAUUUGGGGUCAGAUAGAGAACUACACUGUUGGAAGAGAGAAGCGGAAACAGUUACUUUUGAUGUUAUGCCAGCAUGAGACCGACAGACUUGAUGUUUGGGCACAACCCAUCGUUGCCAAGGAAAGCGUUUCACGGCCUAAAGUUAGCACAGAUAAAUUGGUUGAGUAUGCUAAGACAGCCUUCUCUGUUGAUCCCCGGAUAGCUUUAUCUCUUGCAUCAAGAUUCCCCACAAAUAAUGCUUUAAAAAGUGAAGUGGCUCUUUUGGUUCAGUUGCACAUACUAGAAAUUCGCAACAUACCGGAAGCUUUGCCAUACUUUGUCACUCCUAAGGCCGUUGAUGAGAAUUCAUCACUUUUGCAACAAUUGCCUCACUGGGCUUCUUGUUCAAUCACAAUGGCUUUGGAGUUCCUUUCACCACCAUACAAGGGCCACCCUCGGGUGAUGGCUUAUGUCCUAAGGGUAUUGGAAUCGUAUCCUCCUGAUCGUGUGACUUUCUUCAUGCCUCAACUGGUGCAGGCUUUAAGAUAUGAUGAAGAGAGGUUGGUAGAAGGAUACUUACUUAGAGCUGCACAUCGAAGUGACGUGUUUGCUCAUAUUCUGAUAUGGCAUUUACAGGGAGAGACAUGCACACCAGAAUCUGUGAAAGAUGCUUCUGGAAAGUUUUAUCCAAAAGCAGAAAUAUAGAAGGAUGAAGAGGAAUGUUAAGCAGGUAUAUUUUUAUGUUUCCCUAGCAGAACAACACGUUUCAGGCACUCUUGCUGGCAUUUAGGCAGCAUAUAAUUGACAGCUUCAGUCCUAAAGCACUUGAUGUCUUUCAAAGAGAAUUUGAUUUCUUUGACAAGGUCACAUCAAUAUCUGGUGUUCUUUAUCCACUUCCAAAGGAGGAAAGAAGAGCUGGAAUUCGAAGGGAAUUAGAAAAAAUUCAGGUGCAAGGGAAUGACCUCUAUCUACCUACUGCUCCGACUAAACUUGUCAGAGGUAUUCAAGUUGACAGUGGAAUCCCUUUACAAUCAGCAGCAAAGGUUCCUAUCAUGAUAACACAUUUAACGUGGUGGAUCGAGAUGGGAGUGAAAAUGAUAUAAAGGCCCAGGCAUGCAUAUUCAAGGUUGGAGAUGAUUGUCGGCAAGAUGUUCUUGCUCUACAAGUCAUUUCUCUUCUCAAGGAUAUAUUUGAAGCUGCUGGGCUCAAUCUCUAUCUGUUUCCAUAUGGAGUUCUCCCAACGGGCCCAGAAAGAGGAAUAAUUGAGGUUGUACCUAAUACGAGGAGCCGGACUCAAAUGGGAGAGACAAAUGAUGGGGGAUUGUAUGAGAUUUUUCAACAGGAUUAUGGACCAGUUGGUUCUCCUGGUUUUGAAGCUGCUCGAAAGAACUUCAUCAUUAGUAGUGCUGGCUAUGCUGUUGCUAGCCUUUUGCUUCAACCAAAGGAUAGACAUAAUGGGAACCUUCUAUUUGACAAUCUUGGGAGGUUAGUGCAUAUCGAUUUUGGUUUUAUCUUAGAGACUUCACCUGCUAGAAAUAUGGGAUUUGAAAGCGCUAACUUCAAGCUAAGUCAUGAGAUGACUCAACUAAUCGAUCCAUCCGGAUCGAUGAAAAGCGACUCCUGGUAUCAAUUUGUAAGCUUGUGUGUGAAGGGGUACCUGGCUGCACGCCGCUACACGGAUGAGAUCAUAAAUACAGUGUUAUUGAUGACAGACAGUGGACUGCCUUGCUUCAGUAGGGGGGACCCGAUAGGGAAUCUUCGCAAGAGAUUCCAUCCUGAAAUGAGUGAACGGGAAGCAGCCAUCUUUAUGAUUAGGACGUGCACCGAUGCAUAUAACAAGUGGAGUACUUUUGUGUAUGAUUUGAUACAGUAUAUUCAGCAGGGGAUUGAGAAAUGAUUGGUUUAUAUAAUACGAAGUAUAUAAUAUAUCACGUAGGAGCCUUUUCUUUCCUUUUCCCUGUUUCCUUUUUUAUCCUAAAAAUGUGAGUGUUUAGAGAGGUAGGUUUACACUUUUCUGUAUUCGUAGAUGUUUGGGUUGUAGACAUGUAACUUAUAGAGGAAAUUAUGAGUUGUGACUAUGUAGUUCAAUUUUUUUUCAGUUAUAGGGUGGUCAGUGGACGACUACAGAAAAGUAUAUGGGAUAAUAACUUUGUACCCUGUAACUUUUGAAUCUUGUCGCAGAUAUAUUUAGAGAGGUAGGGUUAUACAGUUUUGUGUUCGCAGGUGUUUAGGUUGUAGUCUUGUAGACAUUUAAUUUAGAGGAAAUACGAGAUACAUGAAAAUACGAGGUACUAAAAUUUUCAUGGACAAUCAAAGCCUCGUAGCAAUUGUAGACUUGUAGCGUAAUUUGUUUAUGUUUAGUCACAAAAUUUUGAGUCGAUGAUGGUACAUGAAAAUUUU